ACGGAGAAGAAUUUUGAAACAAAGGAUUUUCGAGCUUCUCUGGAGAAUGGUGUUCUGUUGUGUGAUUUGGUUAAUAAACUUAAACCUGGCGUUAUUAAGAAGAUCAAUAGAUUAUCCACACCAAUAGCAGGUUUGGAUAAUAUAAACGUUUUUUUGAAAGCUUGUGAACAGAUUGGAUUGAAAGAAGCCCAGCUUUUCCAUCCUGGGGAUCUACAGGAUUUAUCAAACCGAGUCACUGUCAGGCAAGAAGAGACUGAUAGGAGAGUGAAAAAUGUUUUGAUAACACUGUACUGGUUGGGAAGAAAAGCACAAAGUAACCCAUACUAUCAUGGACCCUAUCUUAAUUUGAAAGCCUUUGAGAAUCUUUUAGGACAAGCUCUGACUAAGGCUCUUGAAGACUCUAGCUGUCUGAAAAGGAGUGGCAGGGACAGUGGUUACGGUGAUCUCUGGUGUGCUGAACGUGGAGAAUUCCCUACUUCUUCAGGCAACCAUAAGCGAGAAGAUUCCUUUGAAAGCUUGGACUCCUUGGGGUCCAGGUCAUUCACAAGCUGCUCCUGUGAUAGUACUUUGAGAGGCGGACGUGAGGGUUGUGAAAGUGACACAGAUUCUGAAUUUACAUCCAAAAUGCAGGAUUAUAAUAAAGACGAUAUGUCCUAUCGGAGGAUUUCGGCCAUUGAACCAAAAUCUGCUUUACCGUUCAAUCGUUUUUUGCCCAAUAAAAGUAGACAGCCAUCCUAUGUGCCGGCGCCGUUGCGGAAGAAAAAGCCUGACAAAAAUGAGGACAACAGAAGAAGUUGGGCCAGCCCGGUCUAUCCAGCAGCAGAUGGAACAUUUCCAAGUAACGAGAGGAGGACUUGGGGCACAAAUGUGGAGAACUGGCCAAGAGUACAAGCAACUUCAAACUCCUCUUAUUACUUGGAAGAGGAAGAAGAAAAGACAAGUAUACCCAACACUGUAAAGGAUGAUCUAUAUGUGCGAAAGCUAAGUCCAAUCAUGCCAAACCCAGGGAAUGCUUUUGAUCAGUUUCUUCCCAAAUGUUGGAUCCCAGAAGAUGUGAACUGGAAAAGAAUAAAAAGGGAAACUUACAAACCAUGGUAUAAAGAAUUUCAGGGAUUCAGUCAGUUUUUAUUACUUCAGGCACUCCAAACAUACUCUGAUGACAUCUUGUCUUCUGAAACAAAUAUCAAAAUUGAUCCCACUGCCGGCCCAAGGCUCAUAACACGCAGAAAGAAUGUCUCUUCUGCACCAGGGUGUAAAAGAGAUGACCUUGAGAUGUCAACCCUAGAUCCUGACUUAGAAAAUGAUGAUUUCUUUGUCAGAAAGACUGGGGCUUUCCAUGCAAAUCCAUAUGUUCUCCGGGCUUUCGAAGACUUUAGAAGGUUUUCUGAGCAAGAUGAUCCUGUAGAGCGAGAUAUAAUUCUGCAGUGUAGAGAAGGUGAACUUGUACUUCCAGAUCUAGAAAAAGAUGAUAUGAUUGUUCGCCGAAUUCCAGCGCAGAAUAAAGAGGUGCCACUCUCAGGGGCCCCGGAUAGAUACCAACCAGUCCCUUUCCCUGAACCGUGGACUCUUCCUCCAGAAAUUCAAGCAAAAUUUCUCUGUGUACUUGAAAGGACACGCCCACCCAAAGAAAAAAGAAAGAGCUGUAGAGUGUUAGUGCCUUCCUACAGGCAGAAGAAAGAUGACAUGUUGACUCGCAAGAUCCAGUCUUGGCAGCUGGGGACGACUGUGCCUCCUGUCAGUUUCACCCCUGGUCCCUGCAGUGAGGCGGACCUCCGCAAGUGGGAGGCCAUCCGGGAGGCCAGCAGGCUUAGGCACAAGAAACGGCUGAUGGUCGAGAGACUCUUUCAAAAGAUUUAUGGUGAGAAUGGGAGUAAGUCCAUGAGUGAUGUCAGCGUGGAGGAUGUUCAGAACUUGCGUCAGCUGCGUUAUGAGGAGAUGCAGAAAAUAAAAUCACAACUAAAAGAACAAGACCAGAAAUGGCAAGAUGAUCUUGCAAAAUGGAAAGAUCGUCGAAAAAGCUACACUUCAGAUCUGCAGAAGAAAAAGGAAGAGAGGGAAGAAAUUGAAAAGCAGGCACUUGAGAAAUCCGAGAGAAGCUCUAAGCCAUUUAAGGAAAUGCUACAGGACAGGGAAUCCCGAAAUCAAAUGUCCACAGUUUCCUCGAGGAGGAGGUUGCAUUCUUCUGAUGAUGUAUUGAAUGAAGAGAUGCUUUCCCCUACACCGACCAUGUCAGAAGCAAGUUACCAGAGCGAGAGAGUGGAAGAGAAGGCUACAGCAUAUUCUACAGAAAUUCCUAAACAAGAUUCCACGACUUUUGCAAAAAGAGAGGCCGCUGUGGCCGCUAACAUUCAGCUUCCUUCUAAAAGCCCCAUGGAAGAACAACUCCCAGACUCUUUGUCUUCUCAGCAUUCACUGACUACACAAACAGAGUUGACUCGAGUUUCAGCCUCUCUCCCCAGAAGUUUCCAGAAAACUGAUACAGCCAGGUUAACAUCUGUGGUCACACCGAGACCUUUUGGCUGUCAAGCGAGGGGAAUCUCAUCACUCCCAAGAUCCUACACGAUGGAUGAUGCUUGGAAGUAUAACGGAGAUGUAGAAGAUGCUAAGAGAAUGCAGAACAGUUUGGUGAGCACCUCUGUGCCGAAACCUGACAUAAGCUUGCUUGUUUCCAGCAAGUCCAGUGAGAGAGAGCAAGCAGUGGUGGGAGAAGGUGUGAGGGGGCUGCAGUCUCCUACACCCUCCUUCUCAUCACUUUCCCAGGACCAGGCUGCCACUUCUCAAGCCACACUGUCUUCAACAUCUGGCCCCGAUUUAACAUCUGAGUUUGGAGAAGGGGGAAGCUCACCGCAGACAGAGGUCUCGAGAUCACAGGAUCAGUUCAGUGAUAUGAGAAUCAGCAUAAACCAGACUCCUGGGAGCGGUCUUGACUUUGGGUUUACAGUAAAAUGGGCUUUUUCUGGGAUCUUCGUUGCAUCAGUCGAAGCAGGUAGCCCAGCAGAAUUUUCUCAGCUACAGGUAGAUGAUGAAAUUAUUGCUAUUAACAACACCAAGUUUUCAUAUAAGGACACAAAAGAGUGGGAGGCAACCAUGGCUAAUGCUAAAGAAACUGGAAACCUAGUAAUGGAUAUCAGGCGCUAUGGAAAGUCUGACUGGGCCAAAGACCAAACCUCCCUGCCAUUUACACGGCAUAAAACCCUCAAUCUCACCAGUAUGGCUACCAAAAUUAUAGGUUCACCCGAAACAAAGUGGAUUGAUACAACUUCUGGAAUUUACAACUCAGACAAAUCUUCAAAUCUGUCAAUAACAACUGAUUUCUCAGAAAGCCUCCAGCAUUCUAAUACUGAAUCCAAGGAAAUGAAUGGAAUUCGUGAUGAAAGUACUACUUUUGAAUCAAAAGCAUCUGAACCUAUUUCUUUGAAAAACUUAAAAAGGCGAUCACAAUUUUUUGAACAAGGAAGCUCAGAUUCUGUGGUUCCUGACCUUCCAGUUCCGACUCUCAGUGCCCCUAGCCGCUGGGCGUGGGAUCAGGAGGAGGAGCGGAAGCGGCAGGAGACGUGGCAGAAGGAGCAGGACCGCCUGCUGCAGGAAAAAUAUCAACGUGAGCAGGAGAAACUCAGGGAAGAGUGGCAAAGGGCUAAGCAGGAAGCUGAGAGAGAGAAUUACAAGUACUUGAAUGAGGAACUGAUGGUCCUGAGCUCAAACAGCAUUUCUCUGCCCACUCGGGAGCCUGCCGCGGCCACCUGGGAAGCCUCCUGGGGUGAGGGGUCCAAGUCAUCAGACCGGGAAGGAACCCGGGCAGGAGAGGAGGAGAGGAGACAGCCAAAGGAAGGUGCAGUGGAGGACCAAAGAAAGAAGCUGCAGGACCAACUCACGCCUGAGAAAGAGAGGAAACUGAAGGAGCAACAACAUGAGGAAGAGCCAGAGCAGAAGCAGUGUCACGAGGAGGCCCAGGAGCAGAAGCACCAGGCAGAAAGGGAGAGGGAAACUUCAGUCAAAAUAUACCAGUAUAGAAGGCCUGUUGAUUCCUAUGACAUACCAAAGAGAGAGGAAAAAUCUUCAGGGCUGCUUCCUAGUGACAGGAAUAAAUCCAGAUCCACAACUGAACUGAAUGAUUACCCUACAAAUAAAAAUGGAGGCAAUAAAUAUUUAGACCAAAUUGGGAGCACUAGCUCAUCACAGAGGAGCUCCAAGAAGGAACAAGUCCCAUCGGAAGCAGAGUUAGAGAGACAACAAAUUCUUCAAGAAAUGAGGAAGAGAACAUCUCUUCUCAAUGACAACAGCUGGAUCCGGCAGCGCAGUUCCAGUGUGCAUAAAGAGCCGAUCUGUCUGCCUGGGAUUAUGAGAAGAGGUGAAUCUCUAGAUAACCUGGAUUCCCCAAGAUCCAGUUCUUGGAAACCAUCCCCUUGGCUCAAUCAGUCUUCAGGAAUCCAUGCUUCUUCCUCUGUUCAAGACUUCAGUCGCCCCCCGCCUCAGCUGGUGUCCAUGUCAAACCGGGCCUACAUGCGGAAUCCAUCCUCCAGCAUCCCCCCUCCUUCCGCUGGUUCCGUGAAGACCACGGCUGCACCUUCUCCCACACCACGCAGCCAUUCUCCUUCGGCAUCACAGCCAGGCUCUCAGCUCCGCAACAGUGUGUGGCCUGUGAGUGUGACCUCGGAGGCUCCUCCUCAGGAGCCGAAGUCAGAAUCAGAAACCACCAACUCUACUGCAACGACUGCUAUCUCAGAUUCAAAUCUGGACGGCCAACCGCCAUGUGAUGUAAGCCUCCAUACGAAAGCACUGUUGCAGAUAGAAGAAGAGGUGGUUGCUGCUGAUGUAGAUCUAUAAAUACAUGUUGUAUUGUCAUUUUUGCUUUUUUUUAAAAAGGAUAACACUUUUUUUUUUUUAAUUUUUUGCCUCUCUAGAUUACAUCAGAGUAUUAUAGUCUUGGUAGAACCUGUAUUUUUGUUGUUGUUUAUUUAUAAGAAGGUGAUUCUGUGUGUGGGGGGGGAAGUGCAGUAUUUACUUUUUGAAUUCAACAUCUUAAAAGCACAAGGGAAAAAUAAGAACUUCAAAAUAUUUUUGACGCUGAUAUUGAUCUAGUUUGACUUUCUAGUGGUGUUUUGAAGAGGGUUAUUUUAUUGUUUUUUUUAAAAGGUUCUGAAACAUUAUUUGAAAUAGUUAAUAUAAAUAUAUAAUUGUAUUUGCUCUGUUUAUUGUAAUGUAUACUAAAUUAAUGCAGAACCAUAUAGAAAAUUUCACUAAAAUCUACCCACAAAUUUGCUUUCUGUGUUCUUCUUUUCAUCUAUGUAAUUUGUGCUUUUUAAAAAAAUUUUUUUAGCAUAUGUGACAUUUUAUUUGCUUGAUGAGGGGAUCUCUGUUUUCUUCACCAGAAUGAUCACUAAGCAAUGCCCAAUAGAAAGCUGCUUCUUUUCAUUAAUACAGAAUCAUCAUGGUUUGUAUACCAAAAGUUUUCUCCAGGAACUAAUAAGCCUUUCUGUUCCACUGCGUUUGUAAAUAAACUUGCUGAUGCAUUAA